AUGAAUAAAAUAGUAGUUACAAACAGGAUUGAGGAGAUUGAUUCGAAUUCAAUGAUCGUUGAUGAGAACAGUUCAGUAAAGAUCAUAUUCCGGUCGCCGGUGAAUGUAUUUCGCCGAUUGCGUUCGAUGUUCCGUGUACAAAUUUUGUCGACGAUAAUGAGUAUAUUCCAGGACCAUGUUACGCAGUUUCAUGCUGAUAUCGCUGUAGUUUCGGUUAUUGAACAAUAUAGUGUCGGUUUUAGUGACCUGAAGUGUCAGUUUAUAUUUUAUUUGGUUGCAGAUGAUUUUGACAAUUCGAUUGCUGUUGAUGGUACAUCUGAACAUGUUAUUGUUGAAGAGUCAGCUAUUCCAGACAAUGAAGAAUUGUUGGGACUGUCUGUUGGAUCAAUAGAAGAUGCAUUUGGUAAAUACAAUGAUUAUGCGUUUCGUAUGGGGUUUAGUACUAGAAAGGGCAAACAGUAUUAUGUUACUGGCACUCGGAUUUUGAAGACGAAAGUGUUUUGUUGUUCUAAGUCUGGUUUUAGAAUAAUACCAGACAAUCCUAAUAAGUGUUACUCAAAGAUAGUUACUAGGUCUGGAUGUAAUGCAAUGUGUCAAUUUGAUAUAGAUUCAAAUGGGAAAUGGGUUGUUACUAAACAUGUGAAGGAGCAUAACCAUGAACUGUGUCCGGCUUCAUCAAGUUAUAUGCUUAGAUCGCAUAGGAAAGUGUCUGAGAAUCAGCUGACAUGUUUAAAAAACAUGAAGAGGAGUGGGGUCCCCUUAUCGGAUGGUAUUCGCUUCUUAAAAUGUCAGUCAGGAGGGUCACCGUUUGUUGGAUUUACUCCUAGGGAUGCGUAUAACAUGAUAUAUUCAGAUUCUGCAAAGCAUCUAGAUGGCACUGAUUCUAAUAGCUUGAUUGAGAUAUUUAGAAGGAGACAAAUGGAUGAAUCUGAUUUCUAUUUUGAAUUUGAACUUGAUGAGGAUGCAAGGCUGUGUAACUUUUUCUGGAGGGAUGGUCAAAUGAAGGCUGAUUAUGAUUUGUUUGGUGAUUUAGUUGUACACGAUACAACAUACCGUACAAAUAGAUAUGAUAUGAUAUGUGCCCCUUUUGUAGGAAUGAAUCAUCAUUGCAUGAAUGUGAUGUUUGGUUGUGGGUUUUUACUCAAUGAGAGGAUAGAGUCGUUUGUUUGGUUGUUCAAAGUAUUUGUACGAUCAAUGGGUGGUAAGCAUCCUCAAACAGUAAUGACUGAUCAGUGUGCUGCCAUGGCUGCUGGAAUCGCACAAGUAUUUUCGAAUUCAAAUCAUAGGCUUUGUAUAUGGCACAUUGGGGAGAAUUCGAAGAAGCACAUAAAAAGUCUGAGAAAUAAAAAAGGUUUCUUAGAGCUUUUCAAUUUUCUUUUGAAGUACAUUGACACCGAAGCUGAAUUUGAGUUUUAUUGGACCAGGAUGAUGACAGAAUAUGGGUGCCAUAAAAAUGUUUGGUUAAAUAAGCUAUAUUCUAUUAGGGAGAAAUGGUGUCCUGCAUUUAGUAAAGAAUAUUUCUCUGGUGGUAUUUUAUCAUCUCAAAGGAGCGAGUCUACGAAUCAUUCAAUACCUAGAAGAUUAUCAAAAACAGCUGGGUUGUGUGAUUUUUAUAAUUCAUUUGUUAGUGUAGUUUCUGAGUGGAGAAGUAGGGAAAACGGUGAAAAUGUGCGUUGUUCACAAGGGUUGGCACCUAUGGUGAUGAAUCAUGUGAAGCUCCUUUCACAUGCUAGGGACAUAUACACUAUUGAGAUAUAUUAUCUUUUUGAGGAACAGUUUUUGAAAGGGACUUCAUGCCAUCAAGAAUCUGUUGGGGGAAGUGGUAAUGAGAUAAAGUAUCAUGUGUGGCGUCCUGACGUUGAUCUCAUUCGUCAUGAAGUGUAUUUCAAAGUGAAUGAUUUGGAUAUAUCUUGUAGCUGUAUGUUGUUUUCAGAGAUGGGUAUUUUAUGCUCACAUUCUUUACGCAUUUUUAAUGUCCACUGUGUUGCAGCAAUACCAGAUAAGUACAUUAUCAAAAGAUGGACCAAAAAGGGUAUUGAAGAUAGAAUAAUAAGCAGUGAUAGUUCCUUGAAUAUUCUUAGCAUUGCGUCAUCUGUUUGGGUUAUUCAAAUGGGUAGGAAGUUUCAGCAGUUAGUUUUAUCCAGCCAAGCAAAUUGCAAGGCUCGGGAAGUGUGUGAAAAUGCUUUUGAGGAUGCUAGGAGGAAGGUUGAAGGUGAUAUUGGUCCUAUUGUCAUUGAAGAUGGUGAAGAACAGAUAGCUGGUGUAAUUCAAAAUCCAGCACGUAAUAGGGCGAAAGGUGAACGCAAUAGGAGGCAUAUUAGCACAAUUGAAAAGAAGUAUAACCAAGUGAGAGGGCGGAAGUUGGGUGUCAAGAUUGCUGAAAUGAGUACAAAGGCUGCAGUGCAGGCAUCUGUUGAAGGAGUUGUUGCUAAUAUUGUUGGCAGUGGUUAUUUUGUUCAUCCCUCUAGCGGCAGUCACGAGUUAGGUUUGGUUAAAUCUAGUUGA